AUGGGGAAGUCGGAGCCGGAGUGCGUCAACUCGUCGAACCCGGCCCACGAGUGCAAUGACUACUGCCUCAACAAGAUCGCCGAGGCCAAGCGCCGCCUCCUCGAAGAGCAACCCGAUUCGUGGAAGGGCCCCCCGGAGGACCGCACCGUGCACCCUGACUGUAUCAACGCCUCCAACCCCUACCAUGACUGCUCCGAGUACUGCUUUAAGAAGAUUGCCGACGCCAAUGCAGUCUAUUUGAUUGACUUCUUGUUAGCGGCGGAGCGCGGGGAGCUAGAGAAGCCUGCUGGAGGUUCUGGCAAAUCAGGAGUCACUCCAGAGCAGGCUGAUGGUGAUGAUGAUUCCGAGCGCCAGGAGGACGCCGCUGCAGCAGAAGACGGUUACCCGCAGAUGACCGAAAAGCAGAAGAAGCUGUUUGAGCUGCAGCUUAAGAUGAACGAAGCUAGGAAGGCGAAUCAGCAGGCGAUGGUUGCGGAGAAGAAGAGGAUGGAGCCUCGUGGCGAGAGCAGAGGCGUAUCUAAGGAGAAGUGGUUGGAAGACAGAAAAAAGAAGAUUGGGAAGCUGCUUGAUUCGAAUGGCCUGGAUAUGUCAAAGUCUUACAUGCUGGAUACACAGGAUAUGGCAGAAGCAAAAUACAAGAAGUGGGAGAAGGAACCCGCACCACAUGGCUGGGAUGUUUUCAACCAGAAAACCUUGUAUGAUGCAUACAAGAAGAGGACAAAAAACAUAGAAGUCGACAUGGAUGCAUACAAUAGAGCGAAAGAAACCGAUCCUGAAUUCUACCGUGAGGCUUCAAGUCUUCAAUAUGGGAAGGUGUCUAGGGUGGCGGAACCCAACAUCGACCGAAUGGUUAAUGAGCUCAAGGAGCGGGAUGAGAAGCGGAAGGCGUUCAGCAGGAGGCGCAAGUUAGAUCAAUUAGGGCUUGUUCGGUUAAUCCUCUCCCCAAGAGGAUUGGAGGGGAUUGGCAAGGAUUGUGGCAUUGGUGUCAUGCACAAGGUUGGCAGCGGGGAGCUUCUCGCAGAGCAUCCAACUAACCAGAUCGACUGUGCUGCACGUACUUGCCGAACAAACUGUGACUGUUCAUCGCUGACGCCGACACUUGUUGGCUUCUUUUCCUCUUAUGGAGAGUCCGUGGCCGCGCUUCAUUCCUACUCCACCUCUGAAUCCACGCGCGCUGCCUGGACGUUCUGUCUGUCGCUGAUGAGUGGACUGCACACUGGAGCAAGGUCUCCUUUUAGCACAGGACUGGGGAGGCAGCGUAGAACCAAGUAUGCAUCGGAUCGGAGGUCUCAAAGUUCGAGAGUAGACUACUACACUGGAGACGCAGAAGGAAAAACUUCCAAUCUAUUCAUCUUCAAUCAUGAUAGUACAACGAAUGCUAGAAAUAAUAAAAAGUACAUUCAGAUCCGUAAACCACCUAACGACGACUACAAGCACUGA